AAAUUGAUAUUUCAGAAGAAUGGGUAGUAUUUAUAAAGGCAGCUGGUUCAUUUUAGAGGAUUUAUCCAUAGAUUACGCUUUAAAUAUCAAGUCUAGCAACCUCAGUGUGCCAAUAGAGGAUGUCUGGGUCGACCUCAGUCAGGCGGUGAAAAUAUUGGCCGACGAUGGCCGAAAUUUGUCAAGUAUAAACAAGAUAUGGUCUGUGAACUCCAACGCUUAUUGUCCAAUUCUAGACUUUAUUCAUCAAACUGCACAGAAGACAGCAAACAAAUCAAACUUAUUUAAGCGAUGUUUGGAGAGUUUAGUUCGACUAGCCUUGACUCCGAGGGAUGAAGAAACUUUAGCUCAAAACCUAGAGGAGUACUCAGAACCUGAGCAGCAGAUCUCAAAGAACAUUCAACUAGAUACUUUGAAUGGUGCAGAGGGAAUACCCGGCGAUAUAUUCUACACUAUUGAGGAAGCAGAUGCCGUACAAGGCUCUGCCAUAACGGAGAUUCCUUCGCCGUCCAAGAGAACGAGGCGGAAACCGAAGAAAAAGAUUUCGGAGGAUUACCUGGAACUGGAGGAUCUGGUGACAGAACCUGAAGUGUUGAUGAGCACUGAAACCCUGCUGGGGGAAGGGGAUAGAGUCAAGAACGAGGAUUCAGAGUUUAAAUAUGAUUUUGACGAGGACCUGUACAAUCAUAUAGAUUGUGAUAUUGGGACAGACGAUUUGAAAGAAGAUUCUGUAUCUGGAGAUGAAUUGUCUGAACCUAGUCGGAAGAGGCGGAAGCAUGAUUCGGGUCCCAGGAUCCAAUGCCAGAUCUGUGAUCUCAGCUUAAGCGGGGAUGUUCAACAUUAUUCUCAUUAUCUCUCAGCUCAUCCAGACCAACCCGAUCUUCAUCCCCCCAGACCGAACAAAAGAUUGGUGGAAUGUUUUGAAUGCCCGGAAGUUUUCGAGAAACAGUAUUUGCUAGCUAAACAUUAUAGGUUGCAACACCCGAGCUCUGUUAUGAACGAGAAGGGGAAGAAGGCGAGAUUACCGUGUGCUGGGUGCACAAAGAAGUUUCUCACCAGGGCUGGAUUGUACAAACACUGUGUGGAUCAUCAUCCCGAUAAACUGGAAAUAUGGCCGCCGAAACCUGCAGGGCAGAGUGGAGUUAGAUUAUUCGAACUCCAUGAGAGAUCCGAGCUGAAAUGCGGACUACCGGAGUGUCGGCAUUCAUUUCAACAUUUUAAGGGUUUAACGCGACAUGAGAGAACCCAUACUGAAGCUUAUAUUUGUAUACUCUGCGGGAAACCCUGCUAUUCAGCUGAUAGUCUUAUAGGACACAGUGAGACAGUUCACCCUGAUAAAUCUCAGUUUAUCUGUCGUGUCUGUGGAUUCUAUAAUUAUACUGAACUUAAUCUUAAACUCCACACUGUUCAAGUUCAUAUGAAGGGAACCAAAGAAUAUUCGUGUACAGUAUGCGAGUAUAAAACUCACAAUCACAGCACAUUUCAGGCCCAUAUGAGAAUACACCGUGAGGUGAAGAGUUAUAUCUGCGACGAAUGCGGGAAAGAAUGCAACACGUCACAGGCACUCAGUACACACAAGAGAACCCAUCAGCCAACGGAAACCUUCCAGUAUACCUGUAAUUUCUGUCCUAAAAGGUUCCCUCAUGUUUCCCUGCUAAAUAUCCAUGAACGGGUUCAUACUGGAGAGAAACCUUAUCAAUGCAAGGACUGUGGACAAUGUUUUGGUUCACAAUCUUCACUAAUCAAACAUAACAGAAACAUCCAUACCCCCGAUGAACAGAUGCCCUAUAGAUGCGAUGAAUGCGGGAAAACAUUUUCUAAAGCGCGCCGGAAGGUCUAUUACGGUCAUCUUAAGCAACAUAGCGGUAUCCGGGAUCACAUUUGUCCAGUGUGCAAGGCCGCGUUUAGUUCCCGGGGAUAUCUAGGAAACCAUUUUAAAAAGGUUCACAGACGUAAACUCCACGAAGUAGAGGAAGAAAUGAAACUAAAACCAGAGCAAACCCCCCAGAUAGAUUUCAAUAUCCUCUCUGCAUAGGGCAUAGUUCUAUAUACUGGAGUAUACUGAGAUAGAUUUCAAUAUUCUCUCUUCAUAGUUAUAUAUACUGGAGUAUACUGAGAUAGAUUUCAAUAUCAUCUCUUCAUAGUUCUAUAUACUUGAGUAUACUGAGAUAGAUUUCAAUAUCCUCUCUUCAUAGUUCUAUAUACAGGAGUAUACUGAGAUAGAUUUCAAUAUCAUCUCUUCAUAGUUCUAUAUACUUGAGUAUACUGAGAUAGAUUUCAAUCCUCUCUUCAUAGUUCUAUAUACAGGAGUAUACUGAGAUAGAUUUCAAUAUCCUCUCUUCAUAGUUCUAUAUACUGGAGUAUACUGAGAUAGAUUUCAGUAUCCUGAUCAUAGUUCUAUAUUUUGGAUUAUACUGAGAUAGAUUUCAGUAUCCUGAUCAUAGUUCUAUAUUUUGGAUUAUACUGAGAUAGAUUUCAGUAUCCUAAUCUUAGUUCUAUAUUCUGGAUUAUACUGUGAUAGAUUUCAGUAUCCUAAUCAUAGUUCUAUAUUCUGGAGUAAAUAAC